GUAGGACCUUUGCAGAUGAUGGGAACCUCAGUCGUGGGUACUACAGCAUCCCCUCCCUCUUGAACAGGUUCUGUCCUCAGAACAUCUCUGUCAUCUGCAAUAUAAGGAGACAAGUCAGACACAUUGAACGUCCGGGAAACUUGGAACGCACCUGGCAGCUCUAGCCGGUAGGCAUUGUCAUUGAUCCGGUCGAUCACUCGGAAUGGUCCGUCCCCUCGUGGGGAUAAUUUACUCUUCCUUUCUUCCGGAAACCGCUCUGGCCUCCUCUGGCCUCAUGUGGAGCCACACCCAGUCGCCUGGUUGGAAGAUAACUUCUGUGCGCCCCUUGUUGAGCUUAAUCCGGUUCCGUUCAGCCUUCUUCUCCAAAGUCUCCUUGACUUGCCGGUGCAUGUUCUUCACAAACUCAGUCCAAAAUACCAUCAAGACUCUACAAAUUGGAAGAUUGCAUGCCCAUGGUUUCAAGAGGGAGAGAGAGAGAGAGUGUGUGUGUGUGAGAGAGAGAGAGAGGGAGAUAGAGAGAGAUAGCUAUUUGUCUUAGAUGGGAGAUUAUUUGAAAACAAUAGUAUUGAAGCAUAACAAAAACGGUAAGACAAUAAACUCGUCUGAUCAGUUUUGUCAUGACUUAAAAACCCAACUAGUUAUUUUUUUUUAAUUUUGUUUGUCUCAUGGGUUUCACCUUUGUUUUACUUUUGAAAAAAGGUAAUUAAAUUUGGUAUAAAAGUCCAAAGAUGUUUCUUAACCUUCUUUCCAUUCAAAAUAAAUAGUCAAAGGAUUGUACUAUCUGCUCAUCAAUCAAAACACAGACUCGAUAAAGACUCAUAUAUUUGGAGAAAUCUUUCUUCUUCUUUUUUCGUUGUCUCAUAAUGUCUAUUAAAUAUGUUUUUUUUCUUUAUGGUGUUUGUCUGUUUUGUAGUCUCUGCCAAUGCUCAACUACCCCAGUUUCCCAUCCCAUUUCCUUUUCCACUCCCAUUCCAACCAAGUCCCGGUAUUCCCGGAUUACCUCAUGUAGCAAAAUGUUGGUCUUCAGUGAUGGAUAUUCCAGGAUGCAUUAUAGAGAUUUACACAUCCAUACUCACAGGACAAUUCGGACAUGUAGGUCCUUCCUGUUGCAAAGCAUUUUUGGAAGCUGAAGCCAAUUGCUUACCGAAACUUCCAUUCAACCCACUUUUUCCUCUCAAAGAACAAUGUUCAAGAAUUACUAACGCAGCCCCUCCUGCCACAAAAUAGAAUUUUACAUUAAUAGAAGUAAUAGCUAUGUCGUUUUUAUUUUUCAAGGGAUUUUAACAUUUUAGCUUAAUUCUACGACGUUAUCCUCCAAAAACACGAUUAUAUAAACAGCAUUUUAGAAAUAAAAAAAAUCCUGCAUUUCCUUUUAUAUUAACCAUGCGGUUCAUAACUGUGAAGAUUCUAAACUAAUCUUACUUAUAAAACAUACUUAAAUUAUACUACGAACUAAAACUAUACAAUUUAAUAUUUGGGAAAGUACAUGGGCUGCAUCUACAAAAUAAAUAUAAAGAAGAACAUAAGAGAAUGAUCGAUUUAAGAUCCGAGUUUCAUUUUACAAUAAUCUGAAAGAAGUCUAUUCAUAAUUUUUAUACAAGCUGUAUAAGUUUCCCAUCUUUUUCUGUUUUUUUUUUGUUUCAUAAAAAUAGCAUUUUUGUGUGUUUUAAUGUAACUUUACUACUUCUGUAUCUACAUAUAUAAAUUUAUUAAAUGUAUAUUAUAUAUUAAAGUAUGAUUAUUUUUAUUAUUAAAAUAUGUGAAAACUCAAAACUAACUUCUUCGUGAAACAUUGAGAAACAUAUGCACUAUAAGAAUUCACUUGCGAAUACUCAAGACUUGUCUUGGAACAUGUCAAUCUCUAUAUUGACUUGUGCAUUUACUAUCUAAAUCAUAAGAAUCAUAGUUAAUAGAAAAAAUCUUUGAUUUCGUUAUAUGUGUGUUUAAUGACUAAAUUGUUUCUAAAUGAUGUUUUUCUCUGUUAAAGAAGUCACCACCUAAACAAGCCAAUAUAGUUAGCCCGUUUAAAUUGUUAAUUUAAACACAAUUCUACUAACAAGCUUAUUAUAAAAACUAAUCAUCAUGUUAUCUCUCCUAAAAUAUAAUUUCUUUGGCUUAAUAAAAAGUUGUUUAGCGUCUAACCAUAUAGAAAACCAAAAUACCAUCAAGACUCUAGAAAUUGGAAGAUUGCAUGCCCAUGGUUUCAAGAGGGAGAGAGAGAGAGAGAGUGUGUGUGUGUGAGAGAGAGAGAGAGAGAGAGAGAGAGAGAGAGAGAGAGAGAGAGAGAGAGAGAGAGAGAGAGAGAGGGAGAUAGAGAGAGAUAGCUAUUUGUCUUAGACGGGAGAUUAUUUGAAAACAAUAGUAUUGAAGCAUAACAAAAACGGUAAGACAAUAAACUCGUCUGAUCAGUUUUGUCAUGACUUAAAAACCCAACUAGUUAUUUGUUUUUAAUGUUGUUUGCCUCAUCGGUUUCAGCUUUGUUUUACUUUUGAAAACAAGUAAUUGAAUUUAGUAUAAAAGUCCAAAGAUGUUUCUUAACCUUCUUUCCAUUCAAUAUAAAUAGUAAAAUGAUUGUACUAUCUGCUCAUCAAUCAAAACACAAAUUCGAUAAAGACUCAUUUAUUUAGAGAAAUCUUUCUUCUUCUUUUUUCCUCGUCUCAUAAUGUCUAUUAAAUAUGUUUUUUUCUUUAUGGUGUUUGUCUGUAUUGUAGUCUCUGCCAAUGCUCAACUACCUCAGUUUCCCAUCCCAUUUCCUUUUCCACUCCCAUUCCAAACAAGUCCCGGUAUUCCCGGAUUACCUGAUGUAGCAAAAUGUUGGUCUUCAGUGAUGGAUAUUCCAGGAUGCAUUAUAGAGAUUUACACAUCCAUACUCACAGGACAAUUCGGACAUGUAGGUCCUUCUUGUUGCAAAGCAUUUUUGGAAGCCGAAGCCAAUUGCUUACUGAAACUUCCAUUCAACCCAUUUUUUCCUCUCAAAGAACAAUGUUCAAGAAUUGCUAAAGCAGCUCCUCCUACCACAAAAUAGAGUUUUACAUUAAUAGAAGUAAUAGAUAUGUCAUUUUUAUUUUUCAAGGGAUUUUAACAUUUUAGCUUAA